CUCCCCUUCCUCCCGCGCCGCGGCAGGACCGUCUGUUGAGCUGGGGAAGGGCAGCGUCACGUUUCCUUUUGUGCAUCCUCCGAGCAUCCACCUGUGCCGGCUUCACGGAGCACAUCCGCACACCCUACAUGGAGUAAUAAUAACAACACUGGACUUCCAUCUUUUUUUCCUGUGUGUAUGUGCGGGUGUGCGUUAACGCCUCCACAUCGCCGGCGAUGUAAAGUUUGGAUAAUGCCCCCGUUCAAAAUCCUGGAUCGCUAAUAUUCUCAGCAUAGAGCUCUAUCUGUCGGAAGUGGACAAAAAUAUGGACUAAUUUUUCCUUUUUAAAACAAAAAUUCACCAUGGGAUUGUUACAGCUAUUUCUGGUUGUCUGCAUAUUCUGCGCUUGCUCAGUGCAAGGAUUUGGGGUCGACCCCGCUCUGCGCAUCAGCGUGUUGGAUGAACUCGCGGCCAGAGAUGGAUUUGAUGGAGUCAGUCAGGUCCAAGGCUUCCAUCGAGAAUCAAGAGCGUUCCACUUCCAAGGUUCUUCCCGGCAAGUGAAAGCUGCCGCUGAAGUCUGGGAACAAACCGUGCGCAAGCUAAGAGGCAAGAACGAGUUCAGCGUGCUGGUGACGCUCAAACAAGAGCGCCUCAACUCGGGGGUCAUCCUCUCCAUUCAUCAGUCGGAAAACAGGUUCCUCGAGCUGGAGAGCAGCGGACAGCGCAGCGAGGUGCGCCUCCAUUACCGUGCCAAAGGCCUGCAGGCCCACACCGAGGUUUUCCCCUACAGCUUGGCUGACGACCAGUGGCAUAAAGUCUCUGUCGCCGUCAGCGCCUCUCAUGUCGUCCUUCACGUCGACUGCAAUAGGAUCUACGAGCGGGUGGUGGAGGCUCCCGACAUGGACAUACCCGAGGACGCCUCCUUCUGGCUCGGACAGAGAAACGCUGCUCAUGGAUUCUUUAAGGGGGUGAUGCAGGAUGUUGAAAUUGUGGUAAUGCCACAAGGAUAUAUCUCCCAGUGUCCGGACCUGAAUAGAACAUGUCCAACCUGCAAUGAUUUCCACGGACUUGUACAGAAGAUCAUGGAGCUGCAGGAUAUCCUCGCUAAAACAUCCAGUAAGCUGUCCAAGGCGGAGGAGAAGAUGAAUGGGCUGGACGGUUGCUAUUGUGAGAGGACCUGCAGCGUCAAUGGUGUGGUCUACCGAGAAGACGAGGGCUGGACAGAUGGCUGCAGGAACUGCACCUGCACGAACGGCACGGUUCAAUGCGAGGCCAUCUCCUGCCCACCUCCUCAGUGCCCGGCGGGCACACUGCCGGCCUAUGUGAAGGGCGCCUGCUGCAAGGAGUGUCAACCUGUGUGCCUGUUUGGUGGAAGGGAGCUGGUGGAGGGCGAUCAGGAGGCUGUGCGUGACUCAUCGGACCGCUGUCUGCUGUUUGAGUGCAAGGACAGGACGAUGCAUCGAGUGGUCCCCAGUGAGCCGUGUCCCGAACUCCAGUGUCCCAAGUCUGAACAAAUGACCUUGAGUGACAGAUGCUGCAAAGUCUGUCGAGGUCAUGACUUCUGCUCAGAGGGCCACGCGUGCGCAGAGCACUCCGACUGCGUCAACCUCGAGGCCGGAGACUGCUGUGUUUGCAAGGAUGGGUUCCGACCCCUGCGAGAUGAUAACGCCUACUGUGAAGACAUUGAUGAGUGCGCUGAAGGGAAGCACUAUUGCAGGGAGAACACCAUGUGUGUUAACACUCCCGGCUCCUUCAUGUGCAUCUGCCAUACGGGCUACAUCAGGAUCGAUGACUAUUCCUGCACAGAGCACGACGAGUGCCUGAGCGGCCUUCACGACUGCGACGAGAACGCCCUGUGCUUCAACAUGGUCGGAGGACACAUCUGCUCGUGCAAGCCGGGCUACGCCGGCAACGGAACCGUCUGCAAAGCUAUGUGUGACGGCUUGUGCCAAAACGGCGGGACCUGCCUCUCACCCAACAACUGCGCCUGCCUGCAAGGAUUCACUGGCAAGAGAUGCGAGACAGAUAUCGACGAGUGUGCAAACGGCUUUGUGGAGUGCGAUAGUAAAUCCACUUGUGUCAACUUGCCCGGCUGGUACCACUGCGAGUGCCGCGACGGUUACCAUGACAACGGCUUGUUUUCUGCCAACGGAGAGUCGUGCAUCGAUAUCAACGAGUGCAAGACGGGCAGGAGCACGUGCGCCAAUGACACCGUUUGUUUCAACCUGGACGGAGGCUACGACUGCCGCUGCCCGCACGGGCACAACUGCACCGGCGACUGCAUCCACGACGACAAGGUCAAGCACGGCGGGCAGAUUUGGGUGCUGGAUAGCGACCGGUGUUCCGUUUGCUCCUGCCAGGCCGGCCAGGUGAUGUGUCGCAGGAUGGUGUGCGACUGCGACGACCCCAACGCCGACCUCUUCUGCUGCCCCGAGUGCGACCCGCGCUUGAGCAGCCAGUGUCUGCACCAGAACGGAGCGCUGACCUACGUCAGCGGCGACACCUGGGUGGAGAAAUGCCAGCAGUGCCAGUGCCUGCAGGGGCAGGUGGAUUGCUGGCCUCUGCCGUGCCCGCCCGUCGACUGCGAGUUCACGGCGGUGCCCGAGGGCGAGUGCUGCCCCCGGUGCGUGAGCGACCCCUGCCAGGCGGACACCAUUCGCAACGACAUCACCAAGACGUGUGCCGACGAGCAUGGCGUCUCGCGCUUCAGCGGCUCCUCCUGGGUCAAACACGGCACAGAGUGCACCCUGUGCCAGUGCAAGAACGGACACAUCUGUUGCUCAGUGGACCCCGUGUGCCUUUAGUGGCUGUGAAGGCACCUGUACAGCAUUCUCCAUGUAAAUGACAAGAGAAAGAAAAAAAAACAGAAGACAAAAAUACCACCACCACUUUAAUGUCUCCUCACUGAUCUUGAAAUGUACUGUUUCAUUGUCAAUGCCAGCCGGUUUGGUGCGUUCAUUAAAAAGAAAAAAAAGAACAAAAACAACAACAAUCGUCUUUCUACAAAACAUUUAUGACAGCUAACAUGAUGAUGAUGAUGAUGAUAAUGAUGAUGAUGAUAAUGGCCUUCACUCUUUGUUUACGCAUCCAUCCACAUGAACCUUGUAAAAUAUGAAUAUUAACUGGCAUGGUUGUGCUUGAUGUCCAAACAUUUCUUUUUGCAAAUUUCUUAACGGAUAAAAUGAUGAUGCUGAUGAUGAUGACUCUUUAGAAGCCUGUUAGCGGUUUUUUUUUUUUUUUGUCACUUACUAACCAGUCGUCAGUACUCUGUGUUGUUUUGUAGCUUUUUAUUGCACUACUCUUUUGGUCAUAUGUUUGUGAGGUUUUUUUUCGUUCUUUCCCAGCUUGUUAUCGUGUAGUAGUCAAAUAAAGUAUUUCCAUUUA